AUGGCGGAUACCAAAGCUGUCGAGAAAAGCAAAGAUGAAAAAUCUGAUGCAAAGGAUACUGAAAAAAAGGGCGAAUCUAAGGCCGACCAGGAUUUGUCAGAAGAAGACAAACUGCUCCAAGAUGAGUUGAAUAUGCUGUUGUAUGCUGCAGCUUUAGAAAGUCUACGGACGUUGAUAAGGGCAUCUACCACAUCUAUGACGUCAGUGCCAAAGCCAUUGAAAUUCCUCAGAGUUCACUAUGAUACACUUAAGGGAAUUUAUGAAACCAUUAAAGACUCAAACACACAGAGAUUCUGUGCUGACAUAGUGUCUGUUCUAGGCAUGACCAUGAGUGAGGGAAGGGAUAGCCUUAAAUACAGGCUUUUAGGCUCAAAGGAGGAGAUCGGUUCAUGGGGUCAUGAGUAUGUCAGGCAUCUGGCUGGACAGGUUGCUCAAGAAUGGCAGGAUGUCAGUGAUGACAAUAAGGAGAUGCGGGACAAGCUAGUAGCUCUAGCCAAGGACAUUGUUCCUUACCACAUGUCGCACAAUGCAGAGGCCGAAGCUUGUGAUUUGCUGAUGGAGAUAGAAAGGCUGGACCUCCUUCAAGAUUAUGUUGAUGAGUCUGCCUACGCUAGAGUUUGUCUGUAUUUGACAAGCUGCGUCCCUUAUGUACCGGAUCCAGAAAACACUGUUCUGUUGAAAUGUGCCGUGAACUUGUACAGAAAGUUUAAGCAGUAUCCUCAGGCCUUGAGGUUUGCAAUGGCCUUGAAUGAUAUGCCACUCAUUGAAGAAAUUUUCUUUGAGUGCCCUGAUCCACUUGUAAAGAAACAGCUGGCAUAUAUGCUUGGACGUCAGCAGAUCUCCUUGGAGCUGUCAGAAUCCUUGGAUGAUAAGGAUGAUUUAAGAGAGAUCAUUUCUAAUGGUCAGUUAAAUCAGCAUUUUCUAACGCUAGCCAGAGAGUUAGAUAUCAUGGAUCCCAAAGUUCCUGAAGAUAUUUACAAGACUCAUCUGGAACCAAACAGAAGCACCAUUGGCUCCAGUAACCUGGACUCAGCCCGACAGAACUUGGCAGCUUCGUUUGUAAACGGUCUCGUCAAUGCAGCUUUUGGUACUGACAAACUGAUCACCCCGGAGGAUGGUCACAAGUGGCUGUAUAAGAACAAGGAGCAUGGCAUGCUGAGUGCGACCGCUUCCCUUGGUUUGAUUUUACUCUGGGAUGUUGAUGGGGGUCUCACGCAGAUUGACAAGUUCCUGUACUCUUCAGAGGAUUACAUUAAGGCUGGAGCUCUGCUGGCUUGUGGUAUAGUCAACUCAGGAGUACGCAACGAGUGUGACCCAGCUCUUGCCUUGUUGUAUGAUCACGUGACACACAACAACUCCUACAUGAGGAUUGGUGCCAUUCUUGGCUUGGGACUGGCUUAUGCAGGCUCCAACCGAGAAGAUGUUCUAAGUCUAAUUCUUCCCGUCUUGGGCGAUUCCAAAGCCAACAUGGAGGUGGUUGGUGUUGCAGCCCUAGCUUGUGGAAUGAUUUCCGUGGGCACUUGCAAUGGAGAAGUGACAUCCACAAUAUUACAGACUAUGAUGGAAAGAUCUGAAACUGAACUCAAGGAGACAUAUUCUCGUUACCUGGCUCUGGGCCUUGCUCUUGCAAUGUUGGGAAAACAGGAUUCUGUAGAUGCCACCUUGAUGGCCCUAGAAGUGGUGGCCGAGCCGCUGAGGUCCAUGGCGACAAUGCUGGUUGAUGUGGUAGCCUAUGCAGGGACUGGCAAUGUCUUGAAGAUUCAGCACCUCCUGCAUGUUUGCUCAGAACAUGACGAGUCCAAGGACGCAGACAACAAUGAGAAAAAGGAAGAUAAGAACAAAAAGAAGGAAAAAGAUAAAGAAGAUAAGAAGAAGGAGGAAGAGAAGCCAAGUGGGCCUGAUCUGUCUACUCAGCAAGGUGUUGCAGUCUUGGGUAUUGGUUUGAUUGCCAUGGGAGAAGAAGUUGGCUGCGAGAUGUCGUUCCGAGCCUUUGGCCACCUGCUGCGUUACGGUGAACUUCCCAUCAGGCGGGCUGUACCUCUGGCCCUGGCUCUCAUUUCUGUGUCCAACCCCAAACUGAACAUUCUUGACACCCUCAGCAAGUUCUCUCAUGACAGUGAUCCUGAGGUGGCACACAAUGCUAUUCUGGCCAUGGGCAUUGUGGGGGCAGGUACCAAUAAUGCUCGUUUGGCUGCCAUGUUGAGACAGUUGGCUGUUUAUCAUGCUAAAGAUCCCAACAACCUGUUUGUGGUCCGCCUGGCUCAAGGUCUAACCCAUCUUGGCAAGGGAACACUGACGCUCAGCCCGUACCAUAGUGACCGCACACUUAUGUCCCCUGUAGCCGUGGCCGGCUUGUUAGCAAUGCUGGUUUCAUGUCUGGAUGUUAAAAAUAUUAUCCUAGGCAAGUCACACUACAUGCUGUACACUUUGGUAUCUGCCAUGCAGCCCAGAAUGCUGGUGACUUUUGAUGAGCAGCUACGACCCCUGCCCACAACUGUCAGGGUUGGUCAGGCAGUGGAUGUUGUUGGCCAAGCAGGCAAGCCUAAGACCAUUACAGGCUUCCAGACACAUACCACCCCCGUGCUGUUGGCUUAUGGAGAGAGGGCAGAGCUGGCAACUGAAGAAUAUAUACCCCUGACUCCAAUUAUGGAAAGUUUUGUCAUCCUCCGCAAGAACCCAGACUACAGCGCAGAAUCUUAA